AUGCCGCCGCGACUCAACAUACCACCGGUCACUCGCAUAGCCCUUGCUGUACUUGGUCUGCAAUCACUAGCGAGCCUCCUCGUCCAGCGAACCCGUCCUAACCUAAUCAUCGAAUGGCUCAACUUGGUGCCUCAGCUAUCCAUCUUCUAUCCAUGGACAUUUCUCACGACAACUCUUACCGAACAUGAUAUUAUCAGCCUUGUCAUCGCCGGCCUCACGCUAUUCCACGGGGGCCGGUACCUCGAGAGAGCAUGGUCCUCCAAGGAAUUUGCCAAGUUUCUUCUCGUUGUGUCGCUGAUCCCAAACUUCUUAUGCUUCUUACUUUUGAUUAUAAUAUUCACUCUCACUCGGAGCGAGUAUUGGACACUAACCGUCAUCAACGGCACUACCUCACUUCAGAUAUCUUUUCUCGUUGCUUUCAGCCAGCUUGUACCUGCUCAUACGGUGACGCUAUUCCGAGGCGUAUUGUCACUGCGCGUGCCUCGGUUUCCUUUGAUUUAUAUUGGCCUGAUUGCCGUUGCUAAUCUGACGCCUUGGAUUUCGGACGCAAGUCUACCAUUAGCGAUUCUUGGGUUCCUCACAAGCUGGACAUAUCUACGAUUUUACAAAGCCGUCUUCCCAGACCUUGACUCAUCACAGCCGACCUCGAUGCGAGGCGACGCAAGCGAAACCUUUGCCUUCUCCGAGUUCUUCCCCGCUCCCGCCAAACCGUUCGUCGCAGCGCUAGCGGACCAAAUUUUUGCUAUACUUGUAGCUGCGCGAGUAUGCACCCCAUUCUCUCAGUCCGAUAUAUCUGCGGCCCAGGGCAAUAACUUCCACCAACGAUCUGCACCGGGUGGUGUGAGGGCCGAAGCCGAAAGGCGGAGAGCUCUUGCCCUGAAAGUGCUCGAUCAACGACUACAUGCUGCUACUAGUAAUUCGGCUAGCCGGAGCCAAUCGAUACCGCCUGUGCAGCCGAGCGGCCCAACUGUGCAAACACAACCCGCGGCCAAUGUCCAGGCGGCAAUGACAUCUGAGCCUGCGACUAUGCUGGGGGAGACACAUUACAACCCCGACCAUGAUAGUGGCGAAAAGGAUAAUUCAUGA